AUGUUUGAAGCACAGCAACCUUUUUACACCGACUACGAAAUAUAUAAAGGAACCGAAUCUUACCAGAGUUCUUACGAACCCCCUGAUGUAACAGCAAUUUCCGAAUUGCCAACAUCUCAUUUUAGCGCUUAUAUGGAAUCAUUUACUCCAAACUACCAAGACUCAUCAUUUGAUUCAAUCAAGUAUUGUUCUGCUUCAUUUUCUUUUACGGAAAUGGCAGGGUCUUUUGAUUCCGAUGGCUCAUUUUUAAUGACCGAAAACACCAAUGAUGUAUCUAACAAUGGAAAUUCAUCACAAAUAGAUACACCUCAAAUCAAACGCUUUUGGGCUCUUUAUGGCGAGUAUCCACAAUAUCUAAAGAAAAUCAAGAAGAGGAACAAGCGCAAAGCCAAAAAGGUUGCAAAGCUUGCAUAA